GUCUCUCCCUACCCUUCUGGUUCUGGCUCCCUGGUUACUUCGCUCCAGGCUUCUCUCUUCUGGAGGUAGUCUUGCUCCAGCUGCCUUAGGAAGGCGAGCCAGAGGCUAGAGGGAGAACUCGCUGCAGGCGGACCGGACAGAUCAGAUCAGGACAAGAAGGAACAGAACCAGUCUCUCUAUCUCUGUCUCUCUGUUCGUCACUGUCUCUGUGUCUCUGUCUCCCUGUCUCCCUCUUUCUCUGUCUGUCUGUCUGUCUUCACACACACACACACACACACACACACACACACACACACACACACACCACACGUCCUCUGAGAACUCAGCUGGCUGCGACAGCGCACACCCCGCCCCGGCACGCGUCCCAGGCUGGUGGAGCGCAGAUCCAGAUCCCCAUAGCGGCAGCCCGGCCGGGUGUUCCCAGUCUCAGGUGGCACGGAAGGGAGAGCCCGCGCUUGACAACUCGGCUGCGCUCGCCCAGACCUUCCGCCCUCCGGCUGGCCGGCGAGAGGAGCUGAGCGGGCGCGGCUGCCACCCAGAGCCCACCUGCCGACCCUCGCGGCCUCGCUCCAGCUGUGCCCGGCUCUCAGUGUCCCGCUCCGCAGCUGGAGCACCACCCCGGCUCUGCCGCCGUCCCUUUCGCCUCCGAGGUGUCGCGGGCGACCCGAAGUAGAGCGGUGCGACAGCAGGACUUCGCUAUGGCCGGGGCGCGCGGGCUGCUCUGUCUAUGGCUAGGUUACUUCUGCCUGAACCUGGCACAGGGACAGAGACCAAACUUGCACCUCCCGGGACUCCGUGAGACUGAGCCAAGCGACCGCGCGACAGGUGGUAGCCCGAGUCCGGACCUGAGGCCGCACGACAAGGUGUCGGAGCAUAUGCUGUGGCUCUAUGACAGGUACAGCGGCAGCAGUAGAGUCCAGGCUACCCGGACACCGGGCUCGCAGCUCCCGGGUCCUCAGCCCCUGCGCGGUGGUAACACGGUCCGCAGCUUCAGAGCCGCAGCCGCAGGAACUCCUCAAACGAAGGGGUUACACACCUUCAAUCUGACUUCUCUAACCAAGUCGGAGAACAUUUUGUCAGCCACACUGUAUUUCUACGUUGGAGAAUUAGUGAACAUCAGCUUGAGCUGUCCAGAACCCCAAGGAUGCUCCCAUCACACUCAGAGACAACACAUCCAGAUAGACCUCUCUGCAUGGAUCCUCAAAUCCAACCAAAGCCAGCUCUUGGGUCAUCUGUCUGUAGAUGUGGUCAGACCUUAUAGAGACAGCGUGUCUUGGCUGUCAAAAGACAUCACUCAGCUCUUAAGAAAGGCCAAGCAAAAUGAAGAGUUUCUCAUAGGGUUUAACAUUACCUCCAGAGCACACGAGCUACCCAAGAGGAUGCUGUUUUUCCCGGAACCUUAUAUCUUGGUAUACGCCAACGAUGCUGCCAUUUCUGAGCCAGAAAGCGUGGUAUCCAGCUUACAGAGACACCGAGAUUUCACAGCGGGAACUGGGCCCAGACUGGAUAGCCACGUCAGAGAAGCCCUCUCGGUUGAGAGGAGGAAGAAGCGCUCUACUGGGAUCUUGCUGCCCUUGCAGAACAAUGAGCUACCUGGGGCAGAGUAUCAGUACAAGGAGGAGGGAGCGUGGGAGGAGAGAAAGCCUUAUAAGAGCCUUCAGACUCAGCCCCCUGAGAAGAGUAGGAACAAAAAGAAACAGAGGAAAGGGUCCCAUCAGAAGGGACAGACGCUGCAAUUUGAUGAGCAGACCCUGAAGAAGGCAAGGCGAAAGCAGUGGGUCGAACCUCGGAACUGUGCCAGGAGGUACCUUAAAGUGGACUUUGCUGAUAUCGGCUGGAGCGAAUGGAUUAUCUCUCCCAAGUCAUUUGAUGCUUUCUACUGCUCUGGAGCCUGCCAGUUCCCCAUGCCAAAGGUAGCCGCCGCCGCCGCCGCCCUUCACCUUGUGCUCAUUUCAUUUUUGCACGGGGUAGAGGAGUAUGCUAAGUUCUUUGAAACCAUCAAAUCACGCCACCAUCCAGAGCAUAGUGCGAGCGGUGGGGGUCGUCUCCGGGAUUCCCGAGCCUUGCUGUGUGCCGGAAAAGAUGUCCUCACUCAGCAUCUUGUUCUUUGAUGAAAACAAGAAUGUAGUGCUCAAAGUCUACCCUAACAUGACAGUCGACUCCUGUGCUUGUAGAUAACCUCUUCAAGAACUCACAGAUGCUCCAUCCAAUCACGAGUUGGGUUUUAUGGGCUUUUUUUUUUUUUUUUUUUGUCCCAAAAGAUGUUUGAUAGCAGGAAGAAAAUGAACAAAUAGAUUGAAGGUUUCCACCAAACAAAACCGGACUGUAUUUUCCUUCGAAUGUAACUAAAAGUGAGAUUUUAGUAAAUGUGGAUCUCUAUUUCUGUUGUUUCUUAAUCACAUAAGAAAAAUUGUUACUCAACCUGUUUUUUUUAGAAGUGUUAGAGAACACAGUGACUUAUUUUUGUAUUGGGCUUUAAGAUUGGGUGGGAAAUGACAGCAAUAACUUAUCAUUUGUUGCUACUCAUAUAAAGAGGAAAGGGAAGUAGAGAGGAGCUUUACAAUUUUUUCUCACUAGGUGUCUUGCCUUAGGCUCCUGAGCAGACAGCAACUGCUAAACACCCGUCUUUCUUUGAUGUUCACUGGGAACGUUUCUGAGACUUGUCUAUCCUGGGUUUUUCUCUACAAUCAUGGUGUGAGUCGAGCUAGUGUGUGCAGAGUACUAGUGUGAGUGUGCGUGUGUCAGCUCGCUGUACCUCCUAUAGAAAAAGAAAAGGCUUCCUUAAUACGGUUCUAUAGCUGCAUCGUCAUGGCAUUCCUUUGUUGUCGUCAAUAAUAUCAUAUUCUGGCCAGCACCAAUCCACUGAUGAUUGCAUGAUCCAAGAGCCUAUGCCAAGAGCGACGUGUCACUGAUUGGAAAUACAGAUGUUUUCACGGCCUUGACUCCCAGUAAAAGAGAGCCAAAGGCUUCAUUUUUAAAACCCCGGGUGUCGUUCUUCUGUAGUUUUCUUUUUUCCCUACACAUCUUGUCAUUUGCUCUAAGGUAAUUUAGGAAGUGCUUCCUGAAGUUAUUAACUUUAAAGUUUCCUUACCACUAUACUCUCUCUUCCUGUGACGUUGUUCAUAGAUGUUGAGGCUUACAAGCCGUUGUUAGAAAUGACCAAGUGAAUUGCUAUCUUGUGGUGACUACCAUGCUCCACACCUGUUUCUAGGCUCUUCUCCCCAGAGAUCAAGACACUGUCCUCAGUCAUGGACCCUAUACUCCAUCAAAGCCUACAAAAAAUUAUUCACCAGGAAAGAGAGUCAACAGAGACACAGUUUCCACUUCCACUUGUCAUAAGUAUGUCAUCUUUGAUUUCUGCUGUUGAAAGUUGUUUUAUCUUUCAUUAACAGACUUGUAAGGUAUCUCAGUGGGUAACGGUGCUUGCUACCAAGGCAUUCCUGGAACCCACAUGGCAGAAGGAGAAAACCAGCUGUCACAAGUUAUCCUCUGACCUCUACACACACACACACACACACACACACACACACACACUGAAAAAACUUAAAGAUCUGGAAACUGUACUUACCUGGAAGAUGGAAGUGAUUUCACUUCAUAGAUGGUUGGUCACUUUGUCGUCUCUGAGGACACUCCUGAUCUUAAAUCACUCUUAUAUGAUGAUUAGAUAGAAAUGCUCCAUUACAGAACAUGUAUGAGAUCAGAAUAUAUGUUUUUCCCAUCUUCGCCUGUAGCUAUCAGCUGUUUGGUCAUUAUGAAAUAGUGAUGAAGUGUGUCAUGUUUUAAGGGCACGGCAACUCCCAUGGGUAAAGCAAGAGGCUGAUCUGUUUAGCUGGACACGCUGAGAGUUUGGUUUCUAAAAAGCUGUUCCAUACAUCACCUCUCAGGGGUCAUGAUCAGCAGAUACAGAAAUGGUGCAAGUAUCUCUGUUCAUAAAUCAGACGAAGCAACAGGUUCACUGUGCAGUAUUCUAUUUGAAGGCUAUUACAUAAGACAUCCAGGCAAAGCUCUUUCCACUUUGAAAGGCCCUAACAUAUUGUGGAAUUGUCCUAACUCUCAAGGAGACACAGGGGGUUUGAAAGACUAAGUGCAAGGACCAAGGUUGCCCGGAUUCCCUUUAGCAUGAAGAAGUUACAGACAUUCAAACUCCAGUGGGGAAUAAAAUUACUUUUUAACAAAAUUCCUGACAAAUUUGAAAGCAAAAUACACAACAGAAACACCAAGCUACAUAUUCAUGGGUCUUUCGUCAAAUAGAAUUUAUUUUCCUGAGUAGAUUUGUUGAGACUCUUAAUUUCACUUCUCCUGAAGAUACACCAACCCCAAACCCUGGUAAUAACCCUGUGUAUCCCUUCUCAGCUUUUUAUAUUCAAUUUUCUGUUGCCUUUCAAAACUCAAAUCCAUUCCUAAAUUUUGUGUAUUAAAUCCUACAAGUGUGGUCAAGUCUUCUUGGAAUGAUAAAAAUUCUCAAGUACUGACCAACUAAAACUUCACUUUGAUUAAUGGUUAACAUGCAAAAGGAAGCCCACAUUGAACUUUGACAUUUUCUCAGCACCACGUCAGAGAAAGGCCACUUGACUGUUGCUCUAAACAGCUGCUGGCCAUACUCUCAGCGUGUUCUAAGUUGGAGGUACAAUAACAUGCACAUGGGGAAAAAAUGACUCCUAGUAGGGGGAAUUAAAGUAAAUUGGCUGGUGUUUUAAUCAAUAGACUUUACUUAAGUGCAAUAUUAAAUAAGCGCCUCAUCUGCAAUGUGUUAGGUACACAUUUCCAUACAAGAUUUUGACAACUCUCCUAUGAUUUUGGGGUUGAUGGGAAAAAGCACUACGUUUUGAAAUGCUAUUUUCUAAAUAAAACCUGUAUGCCCUAUCUCUAUUCCCAUCACUUUCUCCCUUCUCAACAUAUUCUUUUUCUAUUCUCAAACUGUGUCCUAGCCAUUCUUACAACACACACACACACACACACACACACACACACACACACACAGACAGAGACUCAGAGAGAGACAGACAGACAGACAAAGUGAGAGACAGAAAGACAGAUAGAAUAAGACAGAAGCAGCAACUGAGACAGAGACAGACAGACAGACAGACAGACAGACAUUUUAAGAAAAUAAUUCUUUUUUAAAAAAGCCUACAAGAAUAUCACUGAGUUGGUUUAUUUUGACCAUUUAUUCCUGGGCAUAGGGCUUACCAUUAAGUGUGAUUAAUAUACCCAGUGACACUCCAUUCCAUUGGAGAAAACUAAUUUUUUUUCCUUUGCAAGUGGGUAUCAAUUGCAGACAGGCUCUUCAUUGGGAGUGGACCCUUGUCUACUUCCUGUUUGCAGCGCUGGGACCCCCCAUCUGGCUCAAAUCUAUACAUUCUAUUUCUGAUAACUGUUUCCUAGAAUUCCAGCUAAGGGAUUCCCCAUAUCCAUGCAGUAUUUUAAGAAUUCUUCGUUGUAACCCGUGUGAAUAAUAUAUAAUUUAAGGAAUUUAAUGCUGUAGAGUGGAACUGGAAUAUCGAGUGCCUUUACCUCGGGAUUGCAGUAUUCCAGGUUAAAUCCUAUCCUAACUAGCUGCGUAUUCACCGCUGGUCAUCUAUUCGCUGACACAAUGCUUUACUAUCUCUGUAGAAAACUUGUAUUACCCAUUUAAUAUUUCAUAAAAAAUGUGAGGAACAGUAUCACCAGUCUGACUUAUACAAUGCUUAUGUAACGACACUAGUCAGUUAAUCUUGAAGCUUUACAUUUUCUCCAUGCUACCGAGUAGCAAAUGUCUGAACAUGUUGAAUCAAGGUUGGGUUAGAGAAUAGCUAUGCAUUCCUGACACGUAAGGAUGAAUAAGCAACUGAGUAAGGAAGCUUGGGUAAAUCUGAUUUCUCAGUAUUUCUAUGUGGCUUUUGAAUGAUAAAACGAUCUCCACUUUUCUAAAGACAAAGCUUUCUCUUCUACUUUUCACAUUAGCUUCUGUAAAUGUUUUAGUUGAAAAUUUAAUGCUUGUACAGUCCAUGGCAAUUGGAAUAUAUAUUAUAUGUAUAUGGAAAAAGUUUAAAGAUGCUUGUAAUUUAUUUAAUGACUGUUGCCUUUCUAUAUUGGUAAUGACUUUUUUCCUUACUAGGUGAGAAAAACAUCUUUCUUACUAUAGUUCCUAGAUAGGACAGGACAUUUAGUUCCUUAGUCGGGUCCAUUCCAAGGCUGUGGCAGUAACUGUGAAGGGUUCUUCACUACCGAUGUGUUAAGCUUUCCUGAACUUAUAUCAUUCUCCUCCAGUAACAAAGACCUUUCGUCCUAUAUUACAAAAAUAAAAACAGCUCAAUUAAACAUUU